AUGCAACGAUUGUUGCCGAAUUUAAUGUCGAUCUCUCGACAGUACUCGGUGAUGAAGAUAUCGAAGCCUCUGGGAGCGACCGACGGCCAGAAAUGUCUCGACUGCCGGUAUUAUCCGUAUACCUGUGCUCGAAAACCAUUGCUGUCGUUAGGUUAUUCCAUAACCCAUGUGUUUGCAGCUUCAUCCGUGAGUCAAUCUCGGGCAGCUUCUCUCAUCAACGAGUCGUUACGCGCUGAAGCGAUUCCUCUGCUGGAUCAGUCUGCCACGGAAGUCUCACCGGCGGCAUUCGAGGUGUCCACGAUGAAGAUCGAUACUCAGAUCGUCGGCGACAAAUCGCCAUUGCCGUUCGAAGAGGUUCCUGGCCCGGCGAUUCUCAAGAUUUGGGAGAAAUAUUGGAAAUACGUGCCGCUCCUCGGUACGCAACUGCUUUCCAGUCUGCUAAUCAACAGAUUCACUCAGGGACGACUGACGUGGAAUCGGAAUAUCACGCCGUUAAAAUAUUUGUUCAACGAAUACGGCUGCAUCGUGAGGAUCAAUGGCCCUCUUUCCGGAGACAUUGUCAUGAUUCACAGACCUGAACACAUAACGGAGGUCUUUAAACAGGAAGGAGACACGCCUGUACGAAGCGGAAUCGACAUUCUGCAACAUUAUCGACUGAACUAUCGCAAAUAUCGUCUCGCAGGACCGUUCUCCGUGCAAGGCACAGAAUGGUUAGAAGUGAGGGAAAAGGUGGAACAGAUCUUCAACGAAAUUGCCUCGAGCUUUUUCGACAAAAUCGACACGAUCAGCGAUGACCUUAUUACUAGGAUAUAUAAAAUACGUAAUAGGCAAAACGAGGUACCUUCGAGCUUUCACGAAGACAUGAUUCGUUGGGCCAUGGACUGCUUCUGCGACCUGACGUUCAAUAAGCGUCUCGGUUUCUUGGAGUCGGCAGGUUACAACUCGACGUCUGAACCGACGAGAAUCAUCAACGCCCUGACAACAGCUCACAAGUACAUGAGCCGAUGCGAAACUGGCUUCCAGGUGUGGCGAUUCUUCUUGACUCCAUUCGCCAAGAAGCUCUUCGACGCUUGCGACGUGCUCAAUAAUGUCAUAGCAAGACACGUUCGUCAAGCUCAAAACAAGCUGCGAGUUCGAAAAACGCACGCGGACAAGAGCUUAACGACCGACGACAGUUCGCCAAUGUUGGAGAAGCUCCUCCUGUUAUACUACUUGGCAAAGAAUCCGCGGACGCAGAGGAGACUGUACGAUGAAAUCACUUCUGUUUUACCGAAUAACGAUUCUCCGUUCACCGAGAAAGCUUUGAGAAACAUGCCCUUCUUGAAAGCUUGCCUUCAGGAGACUCUGAGGUUACACCCUGCUGUCCCGUACAUCACCAGACUGCUACCGAAAACCAUAUGUCUUCACGGAUACACGAUACCUAAAGGGACGUUUGUUAUAAUGGCAAAUCAAAUUACUUCUCAACGCGAGGAGAACUUUGAGGACCCGAUGAAGUUUCGUCCAGAAAGGUGGUUGUCUAAUUGCGCGAAAGAAAAUAUAGACUUCAGCUACCUACCUUUCGGCUAUGGCGCGAGGUCCUGUCUAGGGAAACACAUGGCUGAAACGAAGAUGAUGCUACUGACAGCGAAGCUCAUACGACAAUUCAGAAUCGAAUACGAUUACGCUGACAUCAAGAGCACAUUCAUGAUGGUGAACGUACCCAAUAAGCCUCUUCGUUUCCGUUUCGUGAAUAGAAAUUAA